GGUGGAUCAAAUUUGUUCCGGCGCCGCAUACUUGACGUUCUCGGCAGGCCAGGCUGGUCAGCCACUGAGCAAUGCCCCAGCCACGCUAUUUUGCGUGCAAGGUCAUUAUGUUCCCCAAGGUGAACCAGGUCCGCUCUAUGCUGCCCAAACACCAUCACUUAUCACCAGCGUCGCUUCUCUCGCUUUCGCGCGUUGCUUCGUUUCUACUCGGUUCCGCACCACUAAAUCAUCACAAGCGACUUGGCGACACCGUUUUCUAUUUUUAUUUGCCCCUGCGCCGAGUCUUUUUGUCGCUUUUGACGCGUGAAGCACGCCAUCUCACGCUUGGGGCUUGUUUACCCCCCCAGGACGCGCCCCUGGUUCGUGUUUGUUAGGACAUCGCAACCCAUCAUCCGCCAUCGCCGCUCAGCACGGCUCACAACUCUUUGAGUCGGUCAUUCCCCGCUUGAUUGUGGCACCCAACUUGACAUCAUGUUUUAUUCGGAAACUCUAUUGCAGAAAUCCGGGCCACUGGCCCGGGUCUGGCUCUCGGCCAAUCUCGAACGCAAGUUGUCCAAGAACCACAUCUUACAGUCGAACGUGACAGACAGUGUUGAGGCUAUUAUAACGCCUAAUCAAGCACCGAUGGCUCUGCGUCUCUCUGGCCAGCUAUUGCUUGGUGUUGUUCGAAUUUACCAGAGAAAGACGCGUUACUUGUUGGACGACUGUAACGAGGCUAUGAUGAAGAUUAAAAUGGCCUUUCGUUCUAGUGGGAAUAACGAUUUGGCUUCUAACCUGCAAGUCUCGAACCGAGAAGCUCUACUUCUCCCAGACAAAAUUACGCCAUAUGACAACAUGGAGCUGCCACCCCCUCCUGACGCCUCUUGGCUUCUCUCCCAAAUGGAGGAUGUCACUGCUACGCCUAUUGGCCGCAAGGGCCGUGCCAACAAUCGGGAUAUCAACCUACAAGAAGACUUCGACAAUAGCCAGUUCUUACGUGCCAACAGCGGCAUGGACGACGACGCGCUAGCUCCUAUGGCUGAUUUGGACCUUGAGUUGGACUUUGGUCUUGACAUCGAUGGCGGACCUAGCGAAAGCAUCGAAAUGGGUCGUAACGCCCCUAUGGGAUUGGGCGUCGACGACGAUGUGUUCAGCGAAGUCGACAUGGCGACUACUCUGAAAGGUGGUGCAGAUAUGUCUAACGCUCUCGACUUUGGCGACGAUAUCCGAAUUGCUGAUAAUGAGGGUGAUCUUCUUAUGGGCGAUGAUGAUAUCAACUUUCACCUGGGCGAUGGGUCCGCAAUGCCCGAUAUGUCCGCAGUCGGCCAGAUAAACCGUGCAAGAAUCUCUGAAUCGCCAUUGUCUGAUGUUGAUGAGGACCUCGUCAAAGAUGGUUCCGCCGCAUUUGCAACCAUCGGAAGAGACCUGUAUGAACCCCAGGAGGAUACAGAAACUACAAUCGUCCGCCGCCCAGCUCAGCGCGCCAGAAAACAGAAAAUUCUUAUGCCUGAUUCGGAGAUUGCACUAUCUAGUACGCACAUCAAGCAACAGCAAGCUGAUCGCCAUAAUAUUACCAAGGAAGCUGCCUUCUUGCCCCGUGACCCCGUCAUGCUUGCACUCAUGGACAUGCAGCGCAGCGGUGGUUUUGUUUCCUCUAUUAUGAUGGGUGGCCGUAGCUCAGCUUGGGCCCCAGAACUGCGUGGUAUGCUUUCACUAGAUGCACUACGUGGCGAUCUUAAGCGCAAGCGCGAAAACGCCAUGGACGAAUCUGCCUUGAAAUCUCCCCGUCUCGAUUUUGGCGAUGAUACCGAACUUGGCUUUGAUGGUAAUGGUAUUGCAAAUCACAGCAUUGGACCAGACGGCACCAUCCUCGAGAUUCCUGCCGAUGACGGCCUCUUUGGUGACGAUGGCGGCGAUCGCGAGGGUAGCCCAAUGCCCAACUUUGACGAAACCACAAUGCCUAUAGUGCACCCUGCUGAUAGCGGCCCUGUUUCUCUCGGUACCAAGCACGCGGUUCAUAUUCUGCGUGACCUGUUCGGCUCUGAGGCUGCGACGAAUGAUGAAAAGAGAACCACGUCUGCGGUUGUCUUCCAAGAUUUGUUGCCAGAGAAAGAAACAACCAAGGCCGAAGCUACAAAGAUGUUCUUUGAAUGCCUGGUACUAGCCACAAAGGAUGCCAUCAAGGUUGAGCAAGGAGCCGAGUUGGGCGAUGCCAUUCGCGUUCGUGGUAAACGUGGCCUGUGGGGAGACUGGGCGGAGCGUGAAGCUGGUGGUGAGAUUGCAAACCAGGAUAAUGCGGAAGCAGUCCCCCUCGCUGCGCAGCCCGUCGCUGUCGGCGCGUAAACGCCGCUCACUGUCGUGUUUUCCUGUCAUUUCGGCAUGUGUCUACCGGUUAGACCACGCCAGUAGCUGUGGCUGGCAUGGCUUCAUUCAUAUUUGUCUGCAGUUUCCAUUAUUUGAUACGAAGUGCGCAUUCUGCGGCUUGGAGUUUCUUGGCGUUUUGGAGAUACCUUUUGGUUGUAUGACUUGGGUCGAGGAAAAGGUUAAUAAAGCCGGCGGAAUAGGCCAUCUGGCAGUUUCUGUAGUUGGCUUUUUAUUGUAGUAGAAUAGUCCUUCACUCGCAUAAACGCGAGUGAAGCUCAAUGAAUUGAAAUUUAUUUUUUUCUUUGCAAGCGACG